GAUGAAGCCCGGUUCCAAAACGAAUGCAAUCACUUAUCACACGUUGCAAACUACGCCCACCUUGGCGCUAAAGACAGAAUCGAAUCUCCUCAUGACUCAACUGUUCACGCCUACUGGCUUGUCCCCCAUUGGACCAAUGUAAUGUAUCAUGCGUGAUGGUAAAUAUCGCACUUUCUUGGCUGUGUACAGUCCGUCAUCACAGUGAAAAUUCUGUCCAAUGGUAGAGCCUACACGUUCCAAAGUCAAACCCAAUUAUUGCGUAUAACGGGGUGUAACCAUUAGUCCAAAACGGGAGUUUCUAUUGGAGAAAUUCAGACAGGUCCCUCCCCGUUUCGUUCUGUUUGCUUCCGUUUAAGAAUGUUUUUCAACAGAAUCCGCGUAAUGAAUACGCCCCUGAGCUCUCUGGGUGUAGCUAAAUCAUUCGCUCUGCAACCCCGCUUUCUCUGGACAGCGUGGGAAAUUGGCCCAAUUACUGUAAUGUAAAAACAAUGAUCAUGUCAAUUGUGUUUGACCUAUUCUAUUGAAUGUUUCUCAUGAAAUGUGUUACUAGCUGGUCCAUUGCCAAAUUCGAGUUUGACGUUCCCAUAUCGAAUCCCAGGACAACAGUAACGUCCAACGAUGGCUGACAAAGUGAAGGUAUUCUGUAUCAUGUUCAACAAUGAAGACAAGCGUGAAUACAGUCCUGGUGAAGUUCUCUCUGGACACGUUGUGGUCGAGGUGUCGACGGGUGUGUCGGUACAAAUCAAAGCUGUCAAAAUAUCGACCAGAGGAUGUGCCCAGGUCUGUUGGGGUGAAGGGACUCGAAAAGCAUCAUCACCGAGCAGUGCUGUUAUAGCAAACACAUCAUCUCAGUGUGAGCAGGUGGAAUACUUCUGCAUAUCUCAAACUCUCAAAGAAACAUCAGAUGGUGAGGAAUUCAUCAGUCUUGAUGAAGGGCAUUAUGAGUUCCCCUUUCAUGUGGAGCUCACUCAAACGCCCCUUGUUACCUCUUUUAAGGGGAAGUAUGGGAGUGUUUGCUAUGAGGUGACAGCUGUAUUACAGAGGCCCUUGAAUCAAGAUCAAACUGUCAACAGAGAAUUCUCUGUUAUCAGCCAUGUUGAUGUCAAUUCCCCAUGGUUACUGUCCUCUGUGUCUACAAACAACAAGAAGAUGAUUGGCUGUUGGAUUUUUACCUCAGGCCCCAUCUCUCUGAAUGUCAAUAUCAACAGAAGGGGCUACUGUAACGGAGAGUCAAUCCCCAUCUAUGCUGUGAUUGAGAACUUUUCUUCUCGACUCAUCGUGCCUAAAGCAGCUAUCUACCAAAUACAGACCUUCAUGGCAAAUGGCAAAACAAAAAGUCAUACAAAGUUGGUUGCCAGUGUGAGGGGUAACCACAUUCCAUCAGGCUGCACGGACACCUGGAAUGGAAAAACACUGAAGAUCCCACUUGUCUCUGCCUCAAUUUUCAACUCUUCAGUCAUCAGAGUAGAAUAUUCCCUGGUCAUGGCACAGAUACCAGGUGCUAAGAAACUCAAGGUGGAGCUUCCCAUUGUGAUCGGCAGUAUACCAUACAAUGGCCUUGAAAGCAGAAGCUCCAGCUUGAGCAGUCACUUCAGCAUGGACAUGAGCUGGCUCGCACUGGCGCUUCCUGAAGUGCCUGAAGCCCCCCCCAACUAUGCAGAUGUGGUGUCUGAGGAAGAGUUUGAACUGCACAGCCCCUCUUACUCUCAGUCCGAGGAGUUAGAGAGACAGCUUGGUGGACCAGCCUUUGUUUACAUCCAGGAGUUCAGGUUCCAGCCUCCACCACUGUACUCUGAGGUGAAUUCCCACCCAGUCCAUAGUUAGGCUAAAUGUUGAGCCUCUUCAUCAUCUGUUAAAGAACCAAAGUGAUGCCUUCAAAUUGCAAUGUUGCACAAUAUUUAUAUUGUGGUGGAAAGAGUGUAAUAUAGAGUGAUCAAGUCGUGAACUAAUUAAACUUUGGAUUUAAAGCAGAUUAACAGUAUUUUUUUUAAUGAUUAUAUACUAGGCUGUGUUGAGAAAUGGAGCCUACUCUUUACAUGACUGUUAUUAGAAAUGGAAUUACUGCACAGCACAUUGUUGUAGCAGGUAGGUGCAACAUAAUAUAAGAUAAAACACCUUAUCUACUGUAUAUAAUGUAAAGCACUUUGAAAGCUACUGAAACAGAUUUUGUUGUUGAAAUCUACAAUAGAUUUAUUCCUGUAUGUCGUGAAUCCUUUCCUGUUCAGGGUGUAUAAUAUAACAUGGCCAUUAUUUUUGAUACAUUGUAACUAAAACGUUGAAAAUGUCUGAGCAGAAAGAGUAAUAUGCUUUAAUAGUUCAAAAGUUACGCAAAGGUAUUAAUUCCAGGUGGAUAUUUUGACCUUGGAGUUGUUCCUUCUCAGAAUAUAUUGCCUUAUCUGAAAUGUAACUGAUGUUGAGUUUACAUUGUUGGUUUUGAAUUGUGAGUGCCUAGGGAAAACCUUGGAUCAUGCAGUGUUGUGAAUGUUUAUCAGGUACAGACGUAUGUAUAUAUAUGUUAGUUAUCAUGUUGCUAUUUACCAGUUUAUCUAUUGAAAUGUAUACUUUUGCAGGAUGAAUACAAAGACAUAUUACCAUACUACUGUAUGUGUUAGAUUGUAUCAGAAUGGCAUGUUGCUAUUCCAUACAUCAGUCAAUCUGAACCCAGUGGGUUUCUGUUAAACUUUAAUUUUUGUAAUUUUACAAAAAGUUUGAAUUAAAAUCAUUUGAAAAUGUU